ACUAUCUUGUAGCUCCCACCGUGUUAGGUCCAAUGUUCAAGAGUGAAGGUGCGAACAAUGUUUAGAAAAUUAUUAAUUUUAUCCUUUACAAUAGGCUUGAGUGUUGUGACAUGUGUUUCGAACGAGGUUCUGAUUCUAACGUCUUUGAUCGAAAGUGGCAAGAUCGCAGAAGCUCAACAAAAGUCUAGAGUUAGUCCUGAUAUCAACGGCGUGAAAAGCUACACUGGAUUUUUAACUGUUGACAAAGAUUGCGGGAACAAUCUUUUCUUUUGGUUUUUUCCUGCGGAAGUCAACUGGGAAAACGCUCCGGUUUUACUCUGGUUGACAGGAGGACCAGGAACCAGUUCUUGUUACGGACUCUUCGCGGAGGUCGGGCCCUUCCGGUGGAAAAACAACACUAAGGAACUGAUAGAGAACAAGAACAGAUGGACAAAAGACUUUAACGUUAUUUUCCUCGACCAACCUGUUGGAACUGGUUUUAGUUACACGGAGAGAAACUGCUACGCGAAGACCAACAAAGAGAUCGCAAAACAAGUGUAUUCGGCUCUCGUACAAUUUUUUCAUCUUUUCCCAAAUUUACGGAAGAACAGCUUUUCCCUGGUUGGGGACUCUUACGCAGGCACCUAUCAAACGGCGAUAGGACGUGAGAUAGACGAACGAAAUUGCGAUUCCAAGGUGAAAAUAAACUUGAAAGGCGUUCUUCUUGGGAACCCUUACUUGGACUUGAGUUGUCUCAGCUACGCUUCGAAUUGGUACGAAGCGGGAUUCAUAGAAGAGGAUAGCAGAGACAGAAUCGUGAAAUACCAAGGGAUCAGAAAUAAAUACAUACAAGAGAAAAACAGCGAGAAAGCUAAUGAGUACGAGAACAAAAUUUGGAAUGAAGAGUUCAGCCAAAUAGGGUUGCCGAGCAUGUUUAAUUACCUUUACGACGAAGAGAUAACCAUGGGUUUCAAACACUUCGUGACUGACGAGAAAACAAGAAAGUUGCUGAAAGUUGGCAACACGAAAUACAACGUGACAUCUUACUUUGGAACGGUGGCCAAAGUUCUUGAGCCGGAGUUGAUAGUGUCUGCGAUUCCCAAUGUCAAAUAUUUGCUGGACAAGAACUACUUGGUGGCGUUCUACACAGGCCAGCUGGACGUCCAGUGUAUUUACUCAUCGUUGAACUGUGUGUUGGACCAGCUGAACCACGCGGAAUAUCAGAAAGCUAAAAGGAAGAAGUGGUACGUGGACGGUCGUCUGGCAGGAUGGGUGAGGCAAGGGUCAAACCUGAUGUCAGUCGUGGUGAGAGACGCUGGUCACGUGGUUCCAGUGGACCAAGGGGAGGCCGCUUUAGCGUUGGCAAAAGGAUGUCUUGGAAGUGACAAACUCGACCUCCAGAAGUAACCUGGAUAAAAUGUCCAUCAGAGCUGACAAAUUGAGAAAGGGGUUUUUUAAGAAGAAGGGCCUUUCUUGGAAUAAACUGACAUUAUGAACAUUGUAA